CGUCGUCGUGCUAAACUGCCUUUGGCUCUGGCUCUUUGACGAAAACUUUUUUGUAAAAACAUUUAUCAUAUUUAUUCGUAUACGUUGUGCGCUGUUAAUCGUUUAAACGGGCGUGUGCUGUUUUUGCAGUUCGGUGCAACGUGCCGCCAUAAUCUUAGCCUUUUAAGUUAGACAAGACGAAGUGCCGAGUGCAAAAACAACGGAGAGGAAACGACGUCGACAAAAUAAAAAUGCAUUUGUGAAUUUUCGCCCCAACACUUGACUCAACAUACACACAGACACACACGCACAUAAGCCCAACGAACCUCAGCAAAGGAUUGGAAAAAGCACGCGGCCAGCAUAGGCCAUAACGAAGGCCUUGGAUACGGAGUAGCAGCAGAAGAAGCACCCAACAGCAACAGAACACAAUGGCGCUAGUGACAGUGCAACGUUCGCCAAGUGUGGCGGGCUCUUGCUCGAAUUCGGAUGGCGAGGCUGAUGACGAUGAGGGCAACAGUAACAAUAAAAGCGAAAGGAGUGAAUGCUAUUUUGCUGGCAAAGGCACCGCUCUGGUGUUGGCACUCAAGGACAUACCGCAACACGCGGAGCGUCGCCUUAGCACUGAUUCGACGCGAUCCACCAAUAGUACGCAAAGCAAUAACUCGGACAUACAGCUGCAUUUACAGUCCAUGUUCUAUUUACUGCAACGUGAGGACACCUUGAAAAUGGCUGUCAAACUGGAGUCGCAGCGUUCGAAUCGAACACGCUACCUUGUGAUUGCGUCGCGCAGCUGUUGCCGCACGGCGGCCAGUAGUGAGCGACGCACUAAAAUCAUGCGUCAUAAUUCUGUUAAGUCGACGGCUAGCGCAACGCCAGCUCCGCCCGGCACACCUGUUGCGCAACGCCAGUUAUCCGUGGAUAGCCACAAGACACAGCAACUCGCUCAAGAAGAAACGGCGAAGCAUCUAGCGAUUAACGCCAAUCGUCAAAGCCUAAAAUGUGAUGCCGAUGGUCGGGAUACGACUAUUGCUGGCGCCGGCGACAGCAACAAGAAUACCUCGGGCAUGGAGGAAUCAUGCCUGCUGGGCAUUGAUUGCAACGAGCGGACGACCAUUGGCCUAGUCGUGCCCAUACUCGCGGAUACCACAAUUCACCUGGACGGCGACGGUGGUUUCAGUGUCGCCGUCUACGAGAAGACCCACAUAUUUAAGCCCGUAUCGGUGCAAGCUAUGUGGUCAGCGCUGCAAACGCUGCACAAAGUGUCUCGAAAGGCUCGUGAAAACAAUUUCUAUCCAAGCGGACCAUCGCACGAUUGGCUAUCCAUCUACGAAAGUCGCAUAGAGUCGGAUCAGUCGUGUUUAAACGAAUGGAAUGCCAUGGAUGCCCUCGAGAGUCGGCGCCCGCCCUCACCAGAUGCCAUAAGAAACAAGCCAACCGCCAAGGAGGAAACUGAAAGUGUCAUUAAAAUGAAGCUCAAAGCAAUUAUGAUGUCGGUGGAUUUGGAUGAAGUUACCUCCAAGUAUAUACGUGGCCGUCUAGAAGAUUUAUUAGAUAUGGAUCUGGGCGAGUACAAGUCAUUUAUCGAUGCUGAAAUGCUGCGUAUUUUGGGGCAAAUGGAUGCGCCCACUGAAAUUUUUGAUCACGUCUAUUUGGGUUCGGAAUGGAAUGCCAGCAAUUUGGAGGAGUUACAAAAGAAUGGUGUUCGACACAUUCUGAACGUGACCCGCGAGAUUGAUAACUUCUUUCCGGGCACCUUUGAGUACUUCAAUGUGCGCGUCUAUGACGAUGAGAAAACGAAUCUACUUAAGUACUGGGAUGACACAUUUCGCUAUAUAACUCGCGCCAAGUCCGAAGGUUCCAAGGUGCUGGUGCACUGUAAAAUGGGUGUAAGUCGAUCUGCUUCAGUGGUCAUUGCUUAUGCAAUGAAGGCAUACAAAUGGGAGUUCCAGCGCGCCCUGGAGCAUGUUAAGAAGCGUCGAAACUGCAUUAAGCCGAACAAGAAUUUUCUCAAUCAGCUGGAAACGUACAGCGGAAUGCUGGAUGCAAUGAAGAAUAAGGAGAAGCUGCAGCGGAGCAAGAGUGAGACCAAUCUGAAAAGCACAAAGGAUGCACGCCUUCUGCCGGGCAGUGAGCCAACGCCACUGAUACAGGCGCUCAAUCAGGCCAAAUCAAAAUCAACUGGUGAGUCGGCCGCUGAGCAACAGGACAGCAGCGAGCGUGGUCAGUAUCGUCGCAGCAGCGCACAAAAACAGCGUCGCAUGAUGCGUCGCUCGAGCAGCACAUCGCCCAAGACACAAUGUGCCGUGGAAGUGAUCAAACAGCAAAGCCAAUCUAUGGAGAAUCUAACGCCAGAACGAAGCGUGGCGGAGGAGCCGAAAAACAUGCGCUUUCCAGGCAGUAAUGGCGAAAACUAUAGCGUCACCCAGAAUCAGGUGCUGCACAUACAGAAGAACACGCCCUUGUCAGUGCGUACGCGUGUCCAUGAUCUCGAGGCUCAUCAGGAGCCACCGCGUCCCAGUCUGCUGUCGCAGGCCCCAGCACAGACGCAGCCAGCGCAAACACAAGGACCUGUGUGGACCUCAUUGUCCAAGCUGAUUACGCAAACAUCAUUUUCACGUCGCGAUUCCAGUACUUCGGAAGUAUUUACCUCUACUGUGGGGCAGGCGGAUGAGCGCGAGAAGCGUCAACGGCGCAAAACGCAAUCCUGGACGGAAUCCUUUGGACCCAGCGGUGGAAUAAUUCUGGACGCAGUGCCCCAGCAGUCAAAUGUAACACCCAGUGCCGUACUUCGAACGCGCGGUCCGCGACAGCCCUCACGCCAUGCCAGUUGGGGAUCGGGCGACAAUCGCAGCAGUUUGCCGCUGCGGACAAGUUCCUGCAGCUACUACGACAGCAAUCGCAACACCACAGCCAUUUUCGAAGGUGAAAUUCAGGAUCUGAAGCGCAGUAGCAGCAGCACCACCACGAGCAACUGCAAUGCCAGCGAAUCGCAGCUGGGCACAGUAAAGCGCACCAAACAGAAAUUGGAGGAGAACACGACACUGAAAAAACGCUGCCAGGAGAACGAGCUGGAUGAUCUAGACGCGGCGGCAGCCGUGGCGGUGGCAGGUGAAAAGAAAUGUGCCAAUCUGUUUCGCAGCGCUUCCUCGGCGAGCACUACGCGUCAGCGCCAGCCAUUGCGCUGCAACAGCGAGGAGCUCAUGCAUACAAGCGAUAUCGAGAACAAGAACACAGCAGCCGAUUUGGUAGUGGUAAUGCGCACUCAAAGCCUUGCUGUGGCCGAAGAUCAGCGGAUUUCGGGCAAUGUGCAAAUACUCAAGCAAAACUUUGAAGCCAAAGCUGUAGUGGUGGGUGUGCCGGGCAUUGGCAGCACAGCUGCCGGCGCGAAUGUUAAUGCAACUGUUCCAAUCAAGAAAGCGACACAUCAAUCACUGCCAUCCUCACCGGUUGCUCAGCAUGCGGAUCAUGUGUUGGUGGACAAUGUGGCUGGAAAUGCAACGACGACCAAGUCCUCGUCCAGCACAUCAGCCAACUCGUCCGACUCCAGCGUAAGCGAAACUUGUGAUCGUAAUGUAAAAGGUCUAGUGCAUAAAUAUCAAAACACUUCCUAUAGUAACAAUCCUGCUGCGGCAACGCCAAUAACCACAACACUGCCGCCACCCACCAACAAUAUAACCACCAAUACCACCACCGCAACCAUCAGCGGUACCAUAAGCGUCCCUAGUUUGAGGCAACGCCCUCGCUCCUACUACGAUCGAUCGCUGUCAAACAGAGCACACGAUUACAGCGAGAACCGACCACCGCCCGCACCUGCCCGACACAAUGCCACUAAUCUAAACCAGCUGCAACAACAUCAACACAACACCAUGGCUCAUCUGCAACAAUCUGAGCAGCAGCAACAACAAGUGCAACAUCGCCGUCUAGCGCAGCAUGGAAAGACCCAUCCACUCACUAGGCUAAGUUUACCAAAGCAAAGCUUCAACACCGCUGCAUACAAUACCAUCCUUUACCGCAUGAUAGCCACGUUUCGCUACUCCUGGGCCGAGUGCAAGAAGUGAGCCACCGAACCUUGAUGUCACCCCACCUAUGUUCUUUUAACGAGCUAUCCACGAAACAUAUUUAAUUAAUUAAUUUAUAAAACUUGAUAUGUUAGUAAAUUCGCGAUACCAAUAUUAAUAAAUAUAUUUAU